GGCGCCUUGGUGGUGGAUUUAGGGGGGACGGGGGGAUGGAGGGGUCCCGUCAAGCGCCCUGAGAGCAGCGCCGCCGUCUUUCCCUCCCUCCCUCCGCUCGGCCGGCCGGCCAGCGAAGUUGAGCACCGAACAGGCGGGGCGCUCCGGCCAUGGGAUUCUCGGCGCGCCAGCCGCGGCUGCGGUGGCUGGUCCUGUGCUGCAGCCUCUUUGCCUUGGGGAUGGCCAAGGGCUGCCCGGCUCCGUGUCGCUGCCUGGGAGAACUCUUGGACUGCAGCCGCCUGAAGCUGAGCCGAGUGCCCGAGCCUCUCCCGGCGUGGACUGUGCAGCUAGAUUUAAGCUACAAUAGAUUGUCUUCAAUCAAACUCAGUUCUUUGAGUCACCUCCAUAACCUGCGAGAAAUAAAACUGAAUGGUAAUGAAUUGAAAGCCAUUCCAAAUCUGGGGACUAUUUCAGCAAACAUUACUCUUCUGUCUUUGACAAGUAACAAGAUUUCUGACAUCUUGCCCGGACAUUUGAAACCAUUUCAGUCUUUAGAAACGUUAGAUUUGAGUGACAAUCAUAUUUCUGAGCUUACAAUGGCAUCGUUUCCUCCUCUGCCACUCAAGUACCUGCAUAUCAACAAUAAUCGAAUCCUGUCUCUAGAACCAGGCACUUUUGACAACUUAUCCAGCACACUACAAGUACUGAAGAUGAAUAAGAACCGUAUUUCAUUCAUCCCCCAGAAGAUGUUUAAACUCCCCCAUUUGCAACAUCUAGAAAUGAACCGCAACAAAAUUAAAAUGAUAGAUGGUCUUACUUUCCAAGGACUUUCUGCUUUGAAAUCUUUACGAAUACAGAGAAAUGGACUAGUUAGACUCAUGGAUGGUGCUUUCUGGGGAUUAAGCAACAUAGAAAUACUGCAGCUGGACCAUAACAACCUAACAGAGAUUACCAAAGGCUGGCUUUAUGGCCUGCGGAUGUUGCAGCAGCUCCAUCUUAGCCAAAAUGCUAUCAGUAGGAUCAGCCCCGAUGCCUGGGAGUUCUGCCAGAAACUCAGUGAGCUGGAUUUAACUUAUAACCAUUUAACAAGGUUAGAGGAUUCAAGCUUUGUUGGCUUAAGUCUACUAGUGAGACUGAACAUUGGGAACAACAAAGUGAACUUCAUUGCUGACUGUGCCUUCAGGGGGCUGUCCAGUUUACAAAUAUUGGAUCUUAAAAAUAAUGAAAUCUCGUGGACAAUAGAAGAUAUGAAUGGUGCUUUCUCUGGACUUGACAAACUUAGGUGGUUGCUGCUCCAAGGAAACAGGAUUAGGUCAAUUACUAAGAAAGCCUUUUCUGGUUUGGAUGCACUUGAACACCUAGAUCUAAGUAACAAUGCAAUCAUGUCAGUACAAGGAAACACAUUUUCACAAAUGAAGAAACUUAAACAACUGUAUCUAAACACAUCAAGUCUUUUGUGCGACUGCCAGCUGAAAUGGCUGCCAGAAUGGCUGGUAGAUAAUAACUUCCAGAGUUUUAUAAAUGCCACUUGUGCCCACCCUCAGAUACUGAAAGGAAGAAAUAUCUUUACUGUCAGUCUCGAUGGUUUUGUAUGUGAUGAUUUUCCAAAGCCACAGAUAACAGUCCAGCCUGAAACUCAAUCAGCAAUCAAAGGUUCCAAUUUAAGUUUUAUAUGUUCAGCUGCCAGCAGCAGCGAUUCUCCAAUGACUUUUGCAUGGAAGAAGGAUGGUGAAUUGCUGAAUGAUGCUGAAAUGGAGAAUUAUGCACAUCUCAGGGCACAGGGCGGUGAAGUGAUGGAAUAUACCACCAUUCUGAGGCUACGCAACAUUGAAUUUAGCAAUGAAGGAAAAUACCAGUGUGUUAUUUCAAAUCACUUCGGCUCAUCCUACUCUGUCAAAGCUAAACUUACAGUGAACAUGCUUCCUUCAUUUACCAAGAUGCCCAUGGAUAUUACCAUCCGGGCAGGAGCAAUGGCACGACUAGAAUGUGCUGCAGUUGGUCACCCAGUGCCCCAGAUCGCAUGGCAGAAAGAUGGUGGCACGGACUUCCCUGCAGCACGCAAGAGGCGCAUGCAUGUGAUGCCUGAAGAUGAUGUGUUUUUUAUUGUGAAUGUUAAAACUGAAGACACUGGUGUUUACAGCUGCACGGCUCAAAACACUGCUGGAAGUAUUUCGGCUAAUGCAACACUAACUGUAUUAGAAACGCCUUCGUUUUUGCGGCCCCUGGUAGACCGAACUGUGACGAAAGGCGAAACUGCAGUCUUGCAGUGUAUUGCUGGUGGCAGCCCUCCACCUCGACUGAACUGGACCAAGGAUGACAGCACUUUAGUAGUGACUGAAAAGCAUUUCUUUGCCGCCGGAAAUCAGUUGCUUAUCAUUGUUGACACAGACUUUGAAGAUGCUGGGAAGUACACGUGCGAAAUGUCGAAUACGCUUGGGACAGAGAGAGGCAACAUUCGCCUUAAUGUCAUUCCCACUCCUACCUGCGAUUCUCCUCAGAAUGCUGCCCCGUCUUUGGAUGACGAUGGAUGGGCCACAGUGGGUGUUGUGAUCAUAGCUGUGGUAUGCUGUGUGGUGGGCACUUCCCUUGUGUGGGUGGUCAUCAUCUACCACACAAGGAGAAGAAAUGAAGAGUGCAGCAUCACAAAUACAGAUGAGACAAACCUGCCUGCUGACAUUCCAAGCUAUCUGUCAUCCCAAGGAACUCUAGCAGAAAGACAGGAUGGGUACGGCUCAUCAGAGAACGGAAGCCAACAUCACUUUGUUUCUUCGUCCUCAUCAUCUAUGGGAACAUAUUUCUUACAACAAAGGGACAGCAAUGGAAUUUGCCAUAUGGAUAAUUGCAGUGAAAAUGACAUGGAAGCAGUAACCGAUCCAUUUUUAUGCCAUUACCUGGGAAGUUCAGGAAGUGUUUAUCUGAAAGAGAAUAUAUGUGGCCCAGAUGUGUUCGAAGUGUACCAUACAAGCUGCAUCCCAGAGCAAAGAACCAUGUGUACAGACCUUUAUGAUUCCAGCUGCUUAAAAAAAAGGGAAUGUGACCUGUAUGCACACCUACCCGAAGAUCCUUUUGACCAGUAUAUCAGCAUUUCUGGAAUCCACACUCCAAGUAGUAAAUUACUUUCCUCUGCUUAUACUUCAAGUGAAGAAAGUGGACUAAAAAACUCUCAUCUCGGCAUGGAGACCUGCGACUUUAACAGAAAUCAAGAGCUGCCUUCAGUUGCUACAAGUAGCACUUUCCUGGGAACAUUUGGAAAACCUAUAUGGAGACAUCAACUUGAUUCUUUCCCAAGCUGCACACAACCAUCAGUUUGGCAACCAAGAGCCUCCCAUAACCAUCCUUGUGAAUCACUGGACUUUGACUCUGAGUCUGAGGAUGAUAAUAGAAAGGACAGGACGUUUCCUGAUGCGGACAGCUGCAUGUACAGGCAGAUGGCUGAAAACUUGAGGACGCCUACUUUUCAGUUCACUGAGUUGCAUACAUAGCCAGUAUCUUCUGAACUGAUUUAUGAACCAACAAACUUUACUACCUCAAAGUGGACAUUAUUUAAAAAGAAAAGAAACAAAAACACUUUGCAGUUGUUGUUUUUUUAAAUGGAGCUAUGAAUUUUUUUAAAAAAACAUUUUUAUACAGAUAGUUUUAUUGCCAAAAUGUUGUACAGUUUCAUAGAGAAUAUACAGUCUGUUUAGAAUAUAUAUUUCUAAUUAUUUUAUAGCUUUUUUUUAACCAAAGGGUAACUUUUUGUAAAUUAAUGGUGUAAAUAAUAAGUAUUCUGUUGUUAUCAAGACAGUCUUUGUUUUAUUGAAAUGGGUGCUAAAGUGUUCUAAACUGUCAGCAACAUAUGUAGUUUUUGGUUUUUCGCCUUUUUCUUUUCCAGUAACAUGGCCAUAUUUGCACAUUACUUUUAAUAAAUUAGGCUGCCUUGUGGAUUUGAAGCACUGUAAUAAAUCACAAAUGCUGCCAGGUUUGUGUCCAUAGAAAUUACAAAGUAGAUUGGUUUAAAUCUGACUUUCAACAAUAUGAUACAUAAUGUACACACCAGAUAAUCAGGUAUGUGCACAAAGGCACUUCUAGGUCUCUUAUGCCUUGUAUGUUUUAAUAUUCCUUCCCAGCAACUGUUUUCAUUAUGUAUACAAUUUUUCCGUACGUUAUGGUUUUUCAGAACAAAGUUAGUGAUAGCAUACUCUAAAGUGUUUAAGUGAAAAACAACUAAUAAAUUUGCAAAAUAAGAAUCACAAGAAUUUGCAUUUCCACCAAUUCCCAUUGGCACAAAUGCACAUUCUUGUGAUUCUUUAUUUAUUAUUUGCUUUUCACUUAAAAAAAACCCCACUCUGCCACUCAGCAGUUCCACAUUUCCACAGCAUGGUACAGUUUGGAACUGCCUCUCUUUCUUUUGUGAACAGAGGAAAAUACCAUGCACGUGUAGCAUUUUCCUUUAUGGAAAAAUACAGAAAGCUGUAGUACUCUUUUCUGCAUGCCCCAUUUGAGUAACUGUGUAUAGACAUGCAUGUAAAUAAUCUUAGUUAGAUAUUCCUCUGGCUAUUGAAAGUUUUGCAUUCCUGUCUCAAUCUGUCACAAAAUUCAUUUUUAUAAUCCAGAGCAAAGUAAUUUUUAAAAACAGUGAUAGCUAAAAUAUUUGAAACUUCAUAAGAUCUAAACAAGGUCUAAGCCUAUCGUCUCCUCAAUGCUCUAAUUCUGGUUUCUGAAAGUAUAUGCUAAUAAAAACAUUAUUAGGGGGAAUUAGUGGAAAUUGGUGCAAACUGUUAAAUGGGAACCAGCACUUUUGUUAAAAACAAAACAAAACAUGGGACUAAGGCACUCUUAGGCAUAUUAUUACCAGAGGAGGAUUCAGAAAAAUCAAGGAAUGAAUAAAUGAAUGAAUAAAUCUAA